GCGCGCUCGGACCCCGCACCACCACUCACCAUGUCUGCUAAACUCCUGUUGGCAUUAGUCUGCGUAGCGGAGCUGGCGUCUCUCAUCCAGGCGGGAGGUCACGGAGGUGGUCACAAAAAGGUCAUCAUACACGUGCCGUUGUACGUGAAGCACCACCACCACAAGCACACGAUCGUCAAACACAUCCACCACCACAAGAAGGGCGGUGGCGGCGGCGACGACCACUACGAAGUGUUAGGCUACACCUAUGGCGAACCCAAAGCUGCACCUCACUUCGGUGGAGGACACGGUUGGCACGCAGCUGACGAAGGACACGAAGGUGACGAGUCACCAGUCAGCUUCGAAGGUGACAGUGGGUACGGAGUAUCUGGGGCUGAGUCGGAAGACCACGGAGGAUACGGCGGCUAUUAAACCUACUAGAUAUUCAUAAGUCGAGAAUAUAAGAAAAGUCGAGAUUCCUUGACUAUAAAGCAAAGACUAAAGAGCCUCCAAAUCAUUGGCCGGAAGUCUCAUUCUGCCAUUGGUUUUCUAUCUUCCAUUAGGUACAUGAAUUUCUUGGAGACUUUCACGUAGAAUUUCACUACGAUAGUACAAACGCGUAAACUAUUUUAUUAUCCCAAACUAAUCAAAUCUAGACUACCCAGGCCUUAUUUUAAAACGUUAUUCCUGCCAAUCUUGUCUGUCAUUGCAAAGAUGGAUGAUAACAUCAUUUUACUCUAGACCUUUA